AUGACAAGUACUGUCACAGACAACCUGGUAAUAGGAAGAAGUUACCUGUGGAAUACAGGAAAUAGAGAUUUGGUACCAGUGAAAGCUGUAUACACUCACCCCAGCUUCACACAAUUUCCUCCCAAUGAUGAUCUAUGCUUGCUGCAUCUGGAAAAACCUGUUGAACUAGGAAAGUUUAUAUCUCCAAUCUGUUUGCCAGGGAAAGAUGAUAAAAUAAAUUUACUUUCCAAAUGUAUGACUGCUGGAUGGGGAAUAACUGAACCUCAUCAAGAUGAAUUUCCUAGAACUGUGCAGCAGGCAAAGGUACCACUGAUUAGUAGUACAUCUUGUCGAAGCUACUGGGGACUGGAUAUUAAAAACACCAAUAUAUGUGGAGGGGCUGCAGGAUCGUCCUCCUGUAUGGGAGAUUCUGGAGGACCGCUGCAGUGUGCCCAGGAUGGGCAGUACAAGCUCAUCGGUAUUGUGAGCUGGGGCAGCAGUAAUUGCCAUCCUGCUGCACCAACGGUCUUCACCAGAAUUUCUGCUUAUAGAGACUGGAUCACAUCUGUCACUGGAGGAGAAGCAUGA